AAUGAAGUUACAUUUAGAAAAAAAAAAAUUCAAUGUGAAUUAUUGAGAAUUGUGAAUUGUGAAUAUUAGUAAAUUGCACUAAACAUUUUUUAAGAAGCCAAUAUAUGGUUGAUUGAUUGUCCAUUCAAUUUGGUGAUAUUGUAAUUCGCACAAUGUCUGGCGGUCACAAGCAUCGUUACAAGAAUGUGGGCCUUAGCGCCGACGAACUGAGGCGUCGGCGCGAAGAGGAGGGUGUGCAACUACGGAAACAAAAACGGGAACAGCAACUAUUCAAAAGGAGAAAUGUUAACUUGCCAGCACCAGAUGCUCCUGAUAUCUCGGUUCAGGAAGACGCCAGUGUCUCAUCAUCGGACGACAUCACGCCAGCGAUGGUGGCCGCUCUGUACGGGGACAAUCCACAGGAACAAGUGUUAGCAACACAGAAGUUUAGAAAGCUUCUCAGUAGAGAACCCAACCCCCCUAUUGAUGAAGUGAUACGGACUGGAAUAGUUCCUAAAUUUGUAGAAUUUCUAACAAAUAGCUCUAAUCCUACUUUACAGUUCGAGGCGGCGUGGGCGCUCACGAACAUCGCAUCGGGCUCGUCGGAACAGACGCGGGUGGUGGUGGAGUGCGGCGCCGUACCCGUACUUGUGACUCUGGCGGGCGCGGGCGCGGGCGACGACGUGCGCGAGCAGGCCGUAUGGGCGCUGGGCAAUGUGGCGGGCGACUCGCCGCGCUGCCGGGACGCGGUGCUCGCUGCGGGCCUACUGCCACCGCUGCUCGAUAUUCUAAAUAAGUAUUCAAGAUUAUCCAUGACGAAAAAUGCAGUAUGGACUCUAUCAAAUCUUUGUAGAGGAAAAAAUCCGCCUACAAAUUUUGAAGCUGUCGCACCAGGUAUUCCCGUGCUGGCCCGUUUGCUGCACCACAUGGACGCGGAAGUGUUGAGCGACGCGUGCUGGGCGCUGUCCUACCUGUCCGACGGGCCCAACGAGAAGAUCCAGGCCGUCAUCGACGCGGGGGUGUGCCGGCGUCUAGUCGAACUGCUUAUGCACAACAAGUACACUGUGAUAUCGGCGGCGCUCCGCGCGGUGGGCAACAUAGUGACGGGCAACGACGAGCAGACCCAGGCGGUGCUGAACUGCAACCCGCUGCCCAGUCUGUACGCGCUACUGCGCUCCACCACCGAGGCCCUACGCAAGGAGGCCUGUUGGACGCUGUCCAACAUCACGGCGGGCAACGCCGCACAGAUACAGGCUGUCAUUGACGCGAACAUUUUCCCGACGCUCAUAGAUAUUUUAAGGACUGCCGAAUUCAAAACUAGGAAAGAGGCCGCGUGGGCGAUAACUAACGCGACAAGUGGGGGAACACAUCAACAAAUCAAUUUCCUCGUCCAACAGGGUUGUAUACCACCGCUGUGCGAUCUACUCACUCUCACCGACACGAAAACUGUGCAAGUGGCACUCAACGGACUUGACUAUAUAUUGAAAGCCGGACAAAGCGCGGAUCAACGCGACAACCCUUACGCUGUGCUAUUAGAAGAGUGUUUUGGCGUAGACAAAAUAGAAUUCCUUCAAUCGCACGAGAACCUCGAUAUAUACCAGAAGUCGUUCGAGAUUAUCGAGAACUACUUCGGGUCGGAGAGCGAGGACGGACGGGUGCUGCCCGACGUGUCCUCGCCCACGGAGUUCAGCUUCGGUGCAAGCUCGGCCGCCACCGGGUACAACUUCUGAGCGACGUCGCGCAACCACCACUGUGCAAUUCGGGUAUUCGACUGUAGCAGAGUUAUUCACAAGGUGAACUGCGAACUCCAAGAGUAAAUAUAUUUUGCACUUACUAUGCAGUAUGUAGUUUAGAUCAUUAUAUUAAUUUAUGUAUCGCAAAUUAUGCAAAUAAAAAAAAAAUAACCUUGCCUUAUUUUUCUUUCGCUGGCUAUUGUAGAUAACGGCGUUAAAUAGCUCAUUCAUUUUAUUGGCAUUGUUCACGUAUUUGUUUAAAACAAACAUUCAUGUUGAUAUGUGAUAUAUCGUUUUAAUUCGUUAUAAUGAAUUAAAUAUUGGUACCAACAAUA